AUGAAGAAUAUUUUUGUAUUGGCCAGUGCCUUGUUGGUCCUGGCAGCUAGUGUAAAUGCCGCCAGCUUGAGCCAAAGUGCACGCGCCGCCGAUAAUGCCCUAUACAGUCGUUUCUUGUGCCGCAAUAGACCGAAUGGCUUCAAGACAAUGGUGCCUGGCAGUUGCACCAGCUACUAUACGUGUUAUAACGGUGCAAGCCUACAAAUCGAUUGCCCUUACUACUAUGAUGGUGUGAAAAAUAUGUGCGUCGAUCAAAAUCCAGGUUGUGUUGAAGAUCUGGCUGAAGUUGCGACCGCACCGAAAGCUAUUGGUGCAGCACCAUGUGAUGGUGUUGUUAAGGGUUACGUUGUUGGUGAAAAUCAGGCGCAAUGGUAUCAGUGUCUAAAUAGUGCUGUGGUAAAUUCUGGCGUUUGCCCAAGUGGACAGGAAUAUAAUUUGGUAUUACUGCAAUGUGAUGUUAAAUCGUCAUGUGGUGGAGCUGAUCAACCAUCAUGCAGUGGAAAUGAUGCAACUACUCCUGCGCCAGCAACUGAAGCUCCAACAACAUGCGCGCCACUAACUGAUGCUCCAACCACCCCCGCACCAACUCCAUGCGCGCCAACAACUACGACAACAACACCUGUACCCCCAACAACAACUACAACCACAUGCGCACCAACAACAACUACAACUACUCGCGCACCAACAACAACUACUACAACUACUUGCGCACCAACAACAACUACAACUACUCGUGCACCAACAACUACUACAACCACAUGCGCACCAACAACAACUACAACUACUCCUGCACCAACAACAACUACAACAACUACUUGCGCACCAACAACAACUACAACUACUCCUGCACCAACAACAACUACAACAACAACUUGCGCGCCAACAACCACUACAACUACUCGUGCACCAACAACUACCACAACUACUUGCGCACCAACAACAACUACAACUACUUGCGCACCAACAACUACCAUAACAACGUGCACACCAACAGCAACACCAACAGUAACACCAAAGUGCACACCAAUUGUAACACCAACAGUAACCCCAACAGUUACACCAACAGUAACCCCAACGUGCACACCAACUGUUACACCAACGGUAACCCCAACUGUAACACCAACAGUAACACCAACAGUAACACCAACUGUAACACCAACGGUAACACCAACAGUAACACCAACUGUAACCCCAACGUGCACACCAACUGUAACACCAACAGUAACACCAACUGUAACCCCAACGUGCACACCAACUGUAACACCAACAGUAACCCCAACAGCAACACCAACAGUAACACCAACAGUAACCCCAACAGUAACACCAACAGUAACACCAACUGUAACCCCAACAGUAACACCUACGUGCACACCAACUGUAACACCAACGGUAACACCAACUGUAACACCAACAGUAACCCCAACAGUUACACCAACUGUAACCCCAACGUGCACACCAACUGUAACACCAACUGUAACACCAACUGUAACACCAACAGUAACACCAACAGUAACACCAACAGUAACACCAACAGUAACCCCAACGUGCACACCAACGGUAACACCAACAGUAACCCCAACAGUAACCCCAACAGUAACACCAACAGUAACACCAACUGUAACCCCAACAGUAACACCUACGUGCACACCAACUGUAACACCAACAGUAACCCCAACAGUAACACCAACAGUAACACCAACAGUAACACCAACUGUAACCCCAACAGUAACACCUACGUGCACACCAACUGUAACACCAACAGUAACCCCAACAGUAACACCAACAGUAACACCAACUGUAACCCCAACAGUAACACCUACGUGCACACCAACUGUAACACCAACGGUAACACCAACAGUAACACCAACAGUAACACCAACGGUAACACCAACAGUAACCCCAACAGUUACACCAACAGUAACCCCAACGUGCACACCAACUGUAACACCAACUAUAACCCCAACAGUAACACCAACUGUAACACCAACAGUAACACCAACAGUAACACCAACAGUAACACCAACGGUAACCCCAACAGUAACACCGAAGUGCACACCAACUAUAACCCCAACAGUAACACCAACUGUAACACCAACAGUAACCCCAACAGUUACACCAACAGUAACCCCAACGUGCACACCAACGGUAACACCAACAGUAACACAACAGUCCCCAACAGUAACCCCAACAGUAACCCCAACAGUAACCCCAACGGUAACACCGAAGUGCACACCAACUAUAACCCCAACAGUAACACCAACUGUAACACCAACAGUAACACCAACAGUAACACCAACGGUAACCCCAACAGUAACACCGAAGUGCACACCAACUAUAACCCCAACAGUAACACCAACAGUAACACCAACGGUAACCCCAACAGUAACACCGAAGUGCACACCAACUAUAACCCCAACAGUAACACCAACUGUAACACCAACAGUUACACCAACAGUAACCCCAACGUGCACACCAACUGUAACACCAACGGUAACACCAACAGUAACACCAACAGUAACACCAACGGUAACCCCAACAGUAACACCGAAGUGCACACCAACUAUAACCCCAACAGUAACACCAACUGUAACACCAACAGUAACCCCAACAGUUACACCAACAGUAACCCCAACGUGCACACCAACUGUAACACCAACUGUAACACCAACAGUGACACCAACAGUAACACCAACAGUAACCCCAACGUGCACACCAACGGUAACACCAACAGUAACCCCAACAGUAACCCCAACAGUAACCCCAACAGUAACCCCAACAGUAACCCCAACGGUAACCCCAACGGUAACCCCAACGGUAACCCCAACAGUAACACCGACACCAUGUUCCACAACGACAGUUAAGCCACCGUGCACACGAACAACACCACCAUGCACAACAACUCCAUGCCCAACAAUUACUACACCAUGCCCGCAAAGCUCUCUGUAUAUAAACAACCACGAAAUCCCAAGCGAAACAUUACAGUCCAACGUAUAUGUGCGACCAUAUCAGCAAUCGGUCCGACCCAUAUCUGUCUUACCACCGCAAUCUCAUCAAUCUAAUAUGGAUUUAUACAUAAAAUACGUGUGUCAAGGCAAACCAACCGGUUUUAUGCUACCCUCAUUGAGGAGCUGCAACGAAUACUACAUUUGCCGUAACGGUCUUGCACUGAAAGUCAGUUGUGGCAGCGCCUAUUUCAACGCCAUGAAGGGACAAUGCGAUUUGCCGGAGAAUAGCGGUUGCAUACAACCAUAUCAGCGAUUAUAUUGAAAUUUGACACUUUGACUUUGAACUAUAAAUGCCAAUUCAUUUAUGAUAAAGGGAGAAACGAAAAGAUAAC